ACACGACCCAACCUUCAUCCCGAUCGCCAACGAUCCUUCGCAAACGAGCGUAAUCGCACGCGCGCGAAAAGACAUACACAGACAGAGAAAAGAGAGAGAAAGAGGCAGAACCCCCCGCGUCUCUCCUCGAGUCCACUUUUAAUCGUUCUUCGCACUCCGAUCAGUCGUGCCGAUCAACAGUUCGCGCGACCCGGUGAGAGAGAAAGAGAGAGAGAGCCGAUUUGACAGAGAGAGAAGAGCAAGAGGAGCCAAGGAAGAGCCCGCUGUGCCCGACGCCGACUCGUCUGGCAAGAGUUUCUCGAUUACGGAGGAGAGAACAAGACAUAUCACAAUGAUAAAGUUCACCGUGGUAACGAUGGUGUGCCUGUUGGGGCUGAAGAUGAUCGCCGCUAUGCCGUUGGCCGAUCACCACGAAGGACACGAGCCGCUUCCGGUGGUUCCUCUCGAGGAGAAGGCCGCAGCGGAAGCUCUGAAGGCAGCGGAAACGACCGCGCAGAGCAGCGCGCCCGUAGAAGCGGCGCAAGCACAGCCACAGACACCAGCUGAACAGCCCACCGUGGACGACGCACCCACGCUGAGGAGCAGCGAGUCCUCCUCCGAGGAAGCUCAGCCGGCCGAGACGAAGAAGGAAGAGCCGCAGCAGCCGGCUCAGCCGAAGGCGGUCGAAGAGACCGCGCAGUCCAAGUCCUCCUCCGAGGAACACCUCGAGGAGAAAGAGGAACCCAAAGUGUUGGCCCCCGAGCAGGAGAAGAAGGAAGAAGAGUCCCUGAAACAAGCGGCCUCUGAGGCUCAGGAAUCUGUGCAGCCUGCGCCGCAGGAGCAGCAACCUGCUGAGGCCCCGGUCGUGCCGAAAGCGGAGGAACAAGUAGCCAUCGAGGGUAAGAGCGCGGAACCAGCGGAAAUAGCUGAGAAAUCCGCGAUCGCCGUUGAGAAGACCGACGUCGCCGCUGCCGAGACUAUCAAAGAGGACGCGAAGGAGGAGAAGAAGUUGGAGGAGCCGGAGCCGGCCCUGAAGACAGAGGAACCGGAAGUACCCGCGGUCGCCGCCACCGUCGCCGAAGAGAAGAAAGUCGAGCAACCCGCUGAGCAACCGAAAGAGGCCGAGGGUCACUCACCCGCCCACGCUAAGAUCGAAGAAAAGCCAGAGCGCGUGACCCGUGACGCCGAGGAAGCCGCUGCGCCAGCUCCUGUGCCUGUACCUGCCGCCCCGGCCGCGCAGGAAGUGAGCCAGCCGCAGGAGAAAUCCGCGCCGAUCGAAGCCGAACAGACACCCGCGGAAGUAGCUAGCCCGGUGGAGGAGCCGAAGCCGGCCGAGAAGAGCGAGAAGAUCGAGAAGGACGAGAAGCUGGAGACCGCGGCGGCUGAGCAGCCGGCCGUCAAAGCCGAGGAGACAGUCAAGAGCGAGGAGAAAGUAACCGAGGCGGUGGCCGAGACUGAGAAGGUGGCGAAGAGCGCCGAGGCGCCCAUCCAACCGGCGGAGGAGCCCGCGAAGGAGCCUGCGCAACAAUCUCAGGAGCCCAGCCAGAUCAAGCGGAACACGACGGCUGACUCGAAGAUCGAGGAGCCUGCUCAACAACAACAGCCGGAAGCUGCCAAAGAGGUGAAGGAGCGCUCCAACUCCUCCGAGGAGAAGUCCGACAACAGCAAGGAGUCCAGCGAGGAGGAGAAGUCCGCCGAGGAGAAGGAUACCAAGGCGGUGGAGCAGACCAAGGCGGAGCUGCUGCCGAAGCCCGAGCAGUAAAUCUCCCGGCGCUAGGUGGAUUGACACGAGUAACCUCAAGCGGCAGCAACAGCAGCAGCAACAACAGCACCACCAACAUCGCGAGGAGGAAAGAUCCUCUUAAGAUCGAGACGAGCUCAGGCAUCGGCGCUCCAGCAACCCCUAGGACACGUGCACGAGUUCGUCGCGAGACGGCAGGAGCGAGAGCGAGAGAGAGCGAGAGUGAGAGAGCGAGAGAAAGAGAGAGAGAGAGGAAGAGUGCGAACGAGAUAGAGAGAAAGAGAGGGAGAAAAAGAGAGAGCGUGCGAGAGCAAAGAGAGAAUGUGAAUGUCGGAAUGUCCGAGAGUAGGAGUGCGCGGCAAUGAAAAAAAAAAAGAAGUGUGAAAGUAACGCAAGUGUGAAUGAGAGAAGCGCGAACGAGCGACCCCAUCGACAUGAUCGAUCUUUUUUUUGCUCUUUGUGGUAGGGUUGUCCGAUCUUCACUACGCGCACUACGAUCUCCGGCUAAGCGCAUUCUCGGGGAUUCUGGGGCGAGCGCGUGUUGCCAGACGGCCGAAGGGUCGAACAGAGCGAGAGCGGCGUCUCGUAGCCUCGAGACGCGCGUUCGACUCGUUCGCGACGCCCUGACGAGACGGGAACACGCGGUGGUCCCAGUGGGAUGCAGCUCGACCCGCUCCGAGCGGCAUUCCCGUUCGUCCCCGUGGACACCGCGAUCUGUCCGCGGGGACGAACCCCGUCCCCGGGAAUCGGUAUCUCUCACCCACCCACCUACCCACCCACUCAGCCAACUUUACCCACCCUCUAUUCCCCGGAACCCUACGUCUCAUCUUAAAAUGACGCACUACUACACCCACAAGCCCAUCCCGAUAAACUAGUAAGUAGCUCGACUCUGUCUUCUUUAGAAAUACAUGUGUCAUUAUUAUUAUUA